GUCGAGCAGGAAGGGGAAGUGUGGCUAGCGCUAGUGAAGUUUGUGUCAGCUCGAAAUAAAGAGAAGUUUAACCAUCGACUCUUCCUGUCCACUGGUGCUGUUUUAUCAUCGAACAAACAACACGAUGGGCACUACAGCCAGUAAAUUACCGAAGGAUAUGCUGUCGGAGUAUCAGGAGCUCACAUUUCUCACGAAGCAGGAGAUUUUACUGGCACAUAAGAGAUUCAAUGAACUCCUGGACAGAGAAGACAGACAGCAAAUCAGUGGUUCUCGUGUGUCCAUGAAUAAAAUUCUUACUUUGCCUGAGCUCAAGUCAAAUCCUUUCCGAAAAAGGAUCUGCCAAGUUUUCUCAACCUCUGAUUUGAGGGAUGGGAGUUUGUCCUUUGAAGAUUUCUUGGAUCUCCUGAGUGCCUUCAGUGAUUCAGCCACCCUCGAAAUCAAAUCUCAUUAUGCUUUUAGAAUUUUUGACUUUGAUGACGAUGGCACCCUUGACGCUGGAGAUCUUGAGAAGCUGGUGAACUGUCUGACUGGAGAAACGGACGACACAAGACUCACUGCUGAGGAGAUGAAACAACUCAUAAACAAUAUUCUUGAGGAAUCAGACAUUGAUAAAGAUGGAACGGUAAACCUCUCUGAGUUUCAGCACGUUAUCUCCAGGUCUCCUGAUUUUGUCAGUUCAUUCAAGAUUGUGCUGUGAAACAACUGAAGACGUUUUGCGAUCUAGUACGUUCUCAACACGACGUGCACAUUUCUCUUUUCCUGACAGUACUACUGCAGUGUGUUCAUUUCAACUGCAUCCUUUGUGUCAGUAUUUCUACUUUUAUGUAAUUGAAAAUAUUUGUACAUAUUCUCUAUAAAACCACUAAUCUUUCUAACUUGUAUUUUAGAGAUCUAUUUGCAUAUAUUUAAUAAAAGCAUGUUCUUA